AUGGCGGACCGCAAGGUGUUGGUAAAGUAUUAUCCUCCGGACUUUGAUUUUGACAAGCUUCAGGCGAAGAAAAAGGCUUUGCGUAUUCAGCAGCAGCAGCAGAAGCGGCGCCGCGGUGACGUCUUUGACCCUCCUCAGAAACGGCACAAGAACAAGAUCAUGAACGUUCGCAUGAUGUUCCCUUUUACGUUAAAAUGCGGCACAUGCAGCGAGUUUAUUUACGUCGGCACCAAAUUCAACUCCAGGGUGGAGAAAGUGGAGGGUGAGGACUACUUGGGCAUCAUCAAGUGGCGCUUCUAUGGCCGGUGCCCGCAUUGCCGCGCCGAAGUUUGCUUUAAAACAGAUCCUCAAAACUGUGACUACGUUUUGGAGUGGGGCGGCACGCGGAUGUGUGACCCCCUGAGGGACCAGGCUCUCGCUGCGGAGAGGGUGCAGAAGGAGGAGGAGGAGAAGCUUGCGACAGAUCGUGUAUCUCAAGUAGAGGCAUCGCGGCAAGGUUUGCAACAGGAGAUCUUGGCAUUAGAGCAGCUGGCGGAACUCCGCAGAUUGAAUCGCCGGCUUCUUGACAAAACUGCGGCCUCGGAUGCUGCCCUGGCAUUCCUUAAGGAGCGCCGCAUUAAUGGAGAAGACGGAGACCAAGAAGGAGGGCAGGAAUGGAACGAGGAGGAAAAGGACGAACUCAAGUUCUUUAGAGCUGCCAGGGAGUUUGACUCUGAUCCACAAUCCUCAGAGGAGGAAUUAGUCGGAGGGGGAGAGCCCAUGGCCGCGUUAGAUUCCACUGGAGCAGGUGGGAACAGCACAAGCAACAGCUCGAGUUCUAGAGGAGGCGAUGCUUCGACCAGCAGUAGUAGUAGUAGUAGUAGUAGUAGUAACACUGAGGCGGGUGAGGGAGGCGGUCGAAGGCCGAGCACAAGCAGUGCGAGUACUAGCACCAGCAGCUCUUGUGGGAGUAACAGGCGCAGUGAAGCGGAUGACGCUGCCGUCUGCGGUGCGUCCACACCACAUGGCGCCAAGUUGCAUGAAGCAAGCAGCAAGCAAGUUCUAAACUUUGGUUUGGGAGUCUGUGUGGCGGCUCCAAAACUGGUAGUUGUCCGGAAGCCGCAGCCGCAGCCCUCGGGUGACUGUUCGGCCCUUUUAGGAGAAUACGGGUCGCCAAGCAGUGAAGAGGCGGAUGAGGCCAGCUAG